GGCCAGAGUUACAGCAAAUUACUGUUGAUGGACUAGAAGUUCUCAUUCCAAAAGAUCCAGUGCACUUUCUAGAAGAAAUACCACACUCUAGGUUUAUUGAGUGUCAGUAUAAAGAAGCUCGAGCAUUCUUUCAGCAGUACCUUGAUGAUAAUACUUUGGAAGCUAUGGCCUUUCGGAAGAGCGCAAAGGAAUUGUUGCAACUCGCAGCCAAAACAUUAAAGAAAUUGGGAGUGCGGUUCUGGCUGAGCAGUGGAACUUGUUUAGGAUGGUAUCGGCAGUGCAGUAUUAUUCCUUAUAGCAAAGAUGUUGACUUAGGAGUUUUUAUACAAGAUUACAAAUCUAAUAUUAUUGCAGCCUUUCGGGAUGCAGGACUUCCACUCAAACACAAAUUUGGGAAGGUAGAAGACAGCUUGGAACUCUCUUUCCAGGGAAAAGAUGAUGUAAAACUUGACAUUUUUUUCUUCUAUGAAGAGACUGACCAUAUGUGGAAUGGAGGCACUCAGGCCAAAACAGGAAAAAAAUUUAAAUACCUGUUCCCCAAGUUCACACUGUGCUGGACCGAGUUUGUAGACAUGAAGGUUCACGUGCCCUGUGAAACCAUUGAGUACAUCGAAGCCAACUAUGAUGCUGCCUGGGUCAGAGAGCUCAAACAGGGCCUGCCGGUUGAUCGGGUCUGCACCAGCCUAUGACGCCUUCCGGGAUCAUAGGAGUGGUGGACGGGAAGCUGUCUCUUGUUCAUACAGCCUGCCUCAGCUACAGUGCGAAUCUCAGAAGCAGGUCUGAAACUCCAGCUGGCAACCUACUUAUUUUCAGGCAAUUUUCAA